ACACAGAGAUGUACAAUCUCGUGCAUUUGUUUAUUUAUGUGACAUGCUUCAGUGACCAACACACGUGUGUAAUAGUCUCCUGGCUAAAGUGGGACGUGGCAAUAUUAUGAAUAUAACUGCCCUAGGUCGCUUUGACUAUGAACUAAAACAGUUGAUAUUGAAGAACUCCAAGCAACGCAACAAGCGAUGUGUUGACUUGACACUGUGCGCUCUUUGUCUGCACUGAGGUCUCGAUCGGAAGUGAUCCCGCAAAGUGAAAGUAGCCUAGACUUCGAAAGUUGCGUUAUGCAUGUGGAUGCAUACGUGGAUUUUAGAAAAUGAUGCAUAAAUGUCACAUUUCAAAGAUGCGAGUUUAAUUGCCUAUAAUCGCUUAAAUCGUAGUGAAUUCUUUAAAAGUCUACAGCCAGAAUGCCUGUUUUACUCUGGUUACUAUAUGCUUUCCUCAGCUGUAUAAUUUUUCUGUUGCUGACUGUUUUACUUCUGAGAUAUUGGCUCACACACAAAAGGAAAACCUACAAAGCUUCUGUCAAUGGCAAGAGUGUGGUUGGUUUCUUCCAUCCUUACUGUAAUGCUGGAGGGGGAGGGGAAAGAGUCCUCUGGGUGGCCAUCAGGGCAAUACAGAAAAAGUACCCCUCAGUUCAUGUGGUGGUGUACACAGGAGACACUGUCGCCACUCCGGAGGAGAUAAUGCAGCGAGCUCGUCAGCGCUUUAACAUCGUACUCCAGUGCCCCGUCACCUUUAUAUUCCUUACAAAGCGUAGGUGGGUGGAGGCUUACAUGUACCCCUACCUGACCCUGCUGGGACAGAGUCUGGGGUCUGUACUGCUGGGGUGGGAGGCCAUGUGGAAGUGUGUACCGGACAUUUACAUUGAUAGUAUGGGCUACGCCUUUACCUUCCCUUUAUUCCGUUACCUAGGAAACUGUCGUGUGGGAUGUUAUGUUCACUAUCCAACCAUCAGUACAGAUAUGUUAGAGAAGGUGUCUAGUAGAAGGGAGGGGCACAAUAACCCCUCCUUUAUCACCAGGAGUUGGUUUCUCUCCUCGCUGAAGGUGCAGUACUAUAAACUGUUCGCACUUCUGUAUGGUUGGGCAGGAAGAAGGAGCCAUGUGGCUAUUGUGAACUCUACCUGGACAUUUGGUCACAUCAAACAAUUGUGGAAGAUGGAAGAUAGGACACAUAUUGUGUAUCCCCCCUGUGAUAUAAAUGAAUUUGUGAAAAUACCACUUGAUGGCAAGCGAUCUAAUUACAUUUUGUCAAUAUCACAGUUCAGACCAGAGAAAGAUCACCCAUUACAAAUUCGAUCAUUCCAUAAAUUCCUCUCGACGAUUGCUGUGGAUCAGAGACCUCUUUACAAAUUGCUGUUGGUCGGCAGCUGUCGUAACCAAGGUGACAGAGAGAGAGUGGAUGCACUUCAGAAGAUGUGCACAGAUCUGGAUAUCAUGAAGAAUGUGGAAUUUAAGCUCAAUGUCAGCUUUGAUGACCUUAAAUCUCUCAUGUCUACCUCAGUGGUCGGCCUUCAUACCAUGUGGAACGAACACUUUGGAAUAGGUGUUGUGGAGUUGAUGGCAGCAGGCUGUAUUGUCCUGGCUCAUGAUUCAGGAGGACCUAAGCUGGACAUUGUAGUACCUGUCAAUGGUCAGCCCACAGGGUUCCUGGCCUCUGAUGUGGACUCCUACGCAAGCUCCAUGUCAAAAAUUUUCAAAUUGUCAGAGCAAGAAAGGACAGAUAUUCAACGCACUGCUAGAGUGUCAGUCCAGAAAUUUUCAGACUCAGAAUUUGAAAGUGGAUUUUUAGAUGUUUAUGAAAAUCUACUGACAAAAACUUAAAAAGAGGUUUCUAUGUACAGCUGUAUGUGUAUUUAAAUAUAAAAUAUUAUCAUUCA